AUGGAGUACGAGUACGUGAGGCUGAACUCAGCAGCAUCCCCCCAGUCAUCGCCACCGCACACGUGGCCUGCCCCCGGCCCCGCCACCUCCGCCCACCCGCCCGCCACCUCAUCUUCUCGAUGCCUCCGCGCCUCCGCGUCCGCGCACCGCGGGAUGCUGCUGAGUCUGGUGUACAAGGAGUUCUCCCUCACUGCGCGCCUCACCUUGUUGGCGACAGGGGACUCUUGGUGGAUUACUGUAGUCUAUGGACCACACGGCGAUCAGGUCAAGAUUCGCUUUUUGGAGGAGCUCAGAAGCAUCCGUCAGGUCUGCCCUGAUACAUGGAUGAUCUGUGGAGAUUUUAACAUUAUCAACAAAGCUGAAGAUAAGAACAAUGGUUGCCUGCACCAACGCAUGAUGGGUCGUUUCCGUCGCCUCAUCAAUGAUCUAGCGCUUCAAAAUCUCUACCUUAAAGGCCGUUGUUUCACCUGGUCGAGUGAGAGGGACUCGCCUACACUGGAAAGGUUGGAUCGCGUCCUCGUCUCGGAUGAUUGGCUUGACAUCUUCCCUGAUCACACCCUCUCCGCACUCUCCACUGAAUGUUCCGACCACGCGCCCCUGCUCCUAAAGACCGAUUGUGCCAUCCCUCACUUCAAACGUUUUCGAUUUGAAAACAUCUGGCCGCGCUUUGAUGGUUUCUUGGAGACGGUUGCCACAGCUUGGAACGCGCCGGUACCGGCCCAUGAGCUCGAUGCUUUCAGGGUGCUUGAUAUUAAGUUACGCGCCACUGCAACAGCUUUGAAGUCGUGGAGCGCUAAGCAUGUGGGUAACGUGCGCCUUCAACUCGCAAUUGCCAAAGAAAUUGUCUUCAGAUUUGAUUGUGCGCAAGAGAACUGCACGCUGGCACCGCAUGAGGUGGCGCUCCGACACAAGGCGAAGCUCAAUUGCCUAGGUUUGGCUUCCCUCCAGCGGUCCAUUAUUCGGCAGCAUUCUCACAUUACCUACCUGAUCGAGGGUGAUGCGAACACGAAAUUCUUUCACCUACAAGCCUGCCACAUGAGUAGGAGGAAUUACAUCGAAAGCGUACGCGUUGGUGAUGCGCACCUUGUGCGAGAAGAGGAAAAGGCUGAAGCGUUCUUCAAGCAUUUUGAUGACAUUCUGGGCUCUCGGUGUAGCUGGGAAGCAAAUCUUGACUUCACUUUCCUUGGCCUGCCGGUGAUAGACACCUCUCUUCUCGAUGUUUGCUUUUCGGAGGAGGAGGUUUGGCGGACAAUCCAGGAAAUACCGGUCGACCGUGCGCCUGGGCCGGACGGCUUCACUCGCUUGUUCUACCGCACAGCAUGGAACAUUAUCAAGCCAGACAUCAUGCGCGCGUUCCAUGCUCAUUGGGCUCUUGAUGGCAAAAGCUUGUAUCUCAUCAACCAAGCAUACAUCGUGUUGCUUAAGAAGAAAGAGCUCCCAGCUGAGAUCAGUGACUACCGGCCUAUAAGUCUGAUUCAUAGCUUCGCUAAACUCUUCACCAAAGUGCUCGCCACCAGGGUGGCUCCGCUCAUGCAACAAUUGGUCUGGCCAAACCAAAGCGCUUUCAUCAGAGGUCGUGUCAUUCAUGAAAAUUUUUGGGCAGUCCAACUGUCAGCAAAGCUCCUGCGCAGAAAUAAAAGGCCUUCCACACUAAUGAAAAUUGAUAUUGAAAAGGCCUUCGAUACUAUUAACUGGUCGUAUCUCUUCCAGUUACUUGAGCACUUGGGCUUUUCUCGUCGUUGGAUUAAUUGGAUAUCUUUGAUCCUUUCCUCGGCCAGCACGAAAAUAAUUCUCAAUGGCUCACCUGGUCGGCGUAUUUGCCAUGUGAGAGGUUUGCGGCAAGGUGAUCCACUAUCGCCGCUCUUGUUCGUUAUUGCAAUGGAAGCUCUUAAUGCUUUGAUAAGGACGGCAGAGAACUCAAUUGUUUUGGGUCCACUGGAUUGCAAAGUUAAGGAAAGGGCUUUCUUUUAUGCUGAUGAUAUGGUUUUCUUCGUGGCUCCUAAACAGCAAGAUCUGGUAAUUGCCAAAGUCAUUCUGGAAAUAUUUGGGCAAGCUUCCGGCUUAAGAACUAAUGGGAACAAGUGUCUUAUCUCGCCAAUUCAUUGCGACCUGGAAGACACAGUGACUUUAUUGCACUUCUUCCCCGGAAAGCUGGCCCCUUUCCCUGUCAGGUACCUCGGCAUUCCCCUUGCAAUCUCUCGGUUGAAGAAAGCUGAUAUGCAGCCCUUGGUCGACAAGGUUGCCAACUGUCUUCCUACAUGGGAAGAAUCUCUGAUCAACAAAGCAGGUCGCGCUUCCAGGUUGGCGAUGGUACCCGUGCGUUAUUCUGGCGUGACCGGUGGUUGCAGGGACAAUCCAUUGCUGAUCUUGUGCCUUGCUUAUUUGAUGCGGUUGGCCAACAUGCACGCCGUUGUAGGACUGUGGCAGCAGGUUGCUCUAAGCGAGCUUGGGUACAAGACAUCACCGGUGCUCUUACUGUGCAGGUGA